AUGUCGGGCUCCUUGCCUCCAGAUGCGCUACAUUUCCCGGCCUCUGCCCGACCCUUUUUAGAACCGUAUCUACCCCCGCUUUCACAGCAAGAGCCAACACCAGCAAACAUAGAUAGGCAAAAUGCGAGAAGUCGACCAUUCACCACACUCACAUUCGCCACAUCACUCGAUUCUGCUCUCUCACUGGCACCGGGCGUUCGAACUGCAUUGUCCGGGCCCCAGUCGAAAGCGAUGACGCACUAUCUACGCUCACGGCACCAGGCGAUUCUUAUCGGAGUUGGGACUGCCAAUGCUGACGAUCCUGGUCUGAAUUGUCGUAUUGCAGGUACGGACGGCUAUAAACCAAAGACUGGAGACGAAUCACCGAAACCUGAUCCUGUCAUUCGGACGCUCGCCACAAAAGCACACUCGUCAGACCCGGAAUUGAAACAGUUGAUGAAAGCAGUCGCCAUGGGACAAGCUACUUCCGAGCAACUACAGGCCUUUCAAGUCCAUAUCGAUGAGGCCCAGGCAGUGAAAGAUACAGAGCUUUUGGCGAGCGUGAGAGGAAGUCAAGGGAUCCUUCAACAGCCGCGACCAAUUGUCAUCGAUCCCAACGCUCGAUGGGAGUUUUAUGAAAACUCCAAAAUUUUCUCGCUUGUAAGGCAGAGCAAAGGAAAAGCCCCCUUUGUCAUUAUUUCCAAGAAUUGCACUCCAUCACAGAAUAAGAAAGAGCUUUUAGAGAAACAUGGCGGGAAAUUUAUCCCUAUUGAGACUGUGCCCAGUGAGAAUGGCCACCCUCGAUUCAAUUGGAAUGAUAUCCUUCAUCUUCUCGCAACACAGGAAAAUAUUCAGAGUAUCAUGAUCGAAGGUGGCGGGUCCAUUAUCAAUUCCAUCCUGUCAGAACCAGAAUACAGUGCUGCUGUCGACUCUGUCAUUGUGACUAUCGCCCCUACGUGGUUAGGUCAAGGAGGAGUCGUGGUGUCACCACAGAGGCGUGUCGAUGCCAGUGGAUACCCGAUUCCUGCAUCGAGGCUGACAGAUGUCAGGUGGCAUCCCUUUGGAGAGGAUGUGGUACUUCUUGGGAGGUUAUUAAAGUCUCCAUAUACUGAUGUCAUUUAA